AUGCACCGCAAGCGUUUCCCAUGCGCCAAUUUCAACCGCCCCGGACUCACAUCAGGCGUCGGGCCACCUGGCUAUUACCAAAGAUACCGCUCCUGCAGGCUGCGGGGCGUCAAUAACGACAAACGGCACGGCAAAUAUUUGAAGCACAUCUUCAAUGCGCUGAAGAACAAGACCAGCUCCGAAUUGGUGACGUUCAUCAACGUCAAUUCCGUGCCCAACGAGAUUGAGUACGACAUUUCUAAUAACGCGCUAUCAGGAGGAAAAUGUUACACGACUUAUCCUGUACAGGCCAGGAGGACGUUCGAAUGUGACGAAACUGCUACUAGCACUUGGAAGAGUAGUCGGAGCAGUCGGCCAAUAAGAGAUUCGAACAUCACGAUGGCCUCAUUUAGAGUUAUCAUCGGUAACGAAAUGACCCAAGCGAAAUUCGCGGCGAGGGAUACGAAUAAUUCAGUGGAGCAAAUCGCCGAAACUUCCGACGAAGAUAAUGCUAACGAGGAAUUUUGCGAAUACAAACCAACCGAUAAUUUUUUCGACAAAGUACUAUCCCUAUUCAAAUCGGACAACAACAAAUCGGGCGGUGAUGAGCUAAAGCUGGAGCCGAUAUUCCGGAACAGCAAUUGUAAAUGCUCGGAUACGGUGAUCAAAUUGAGCGAGAGCAAACCGAAGAGGCGGAUCGACUGUAAAUGUUCGGCGACCGUCGUCAAAUUGGACAAGUUUAAAUGCGAUCAGUGCGGGAAAAUCGAUUUGGAGAAAAUAGACGAGAGCAAGUCGACUGGCGACGAGGAGGCUUUGCUGGCGCUGUUGAACAUGGAGGCGAAUCGGAAUUGCGAUCAGAUUGGGAAUAUACAAGCGCAAUUAAAUGAACAAAUCAACAGAAUAGAAGACUUAAACAGAAAAUUUACAAGUUUGUUACAAUUGGUUACUUCGAAGAGCUACACUCAAGGCGAUCUUGCAGAUGUAUCUACCGAAACAGUGCCUGCUGGAAAUAAGCAAGUGGAAGCACAGUUAAAACUCUCUGAUGAUAGCUGUACGUGCUAUCUGAAGAAAAAACCCAGCUUCUUCGCUAGAAUCUUCAAGAAAUCGAAAUGCAACACAAGCUGCAAAUGCUGCAUCGUACCGGCUCACGACAAAAAACAAUGCCACUAUUAUUCGAACAAAAAAAAGAAGAAAAAUGAAGAGAAGAACGACGAUCAACAACUACGACAGGGCGCAACAUAA